UUUCGAGUCAGACCUUCACUAUAGAUUACAAGGAGAGACCUAUUAACCAAGUCAGCACCAAUGCAUCGGCUAGUUUGCAGUACACUUGUCAUUUUUCUGGCAUUGUUUGGAUGCCAUGUAAUGGGAAAACGAGCUCAGCGAACUGCUGACAGGCUCUAUCAGUCACUGUUAUUUGUGGAUAAUGGACAACGCUGGGGAACAUGGGGUCUUAAAGAAAUGUGUCCAAAUGGUUACUAUGCUGCAGGCUUUAGUCUUAAGGUUGCAGGUUACUGGGAAUCGUUGCUUAUUGGUGAUAACACCGCACUAAAUGGAAUCCGUCUUCACUGUGUUAACUCACAUAGAGGAUCAGGACCAUACUCUGACUACGCCACAGUACAAUCAGACACUGGAAGCUGGGGCAAAUGGACUGAUAUUCAGUGGUGUAAUUCUGGGAUGUUACAAAGUUUUCAGCUACGUGUGGAACCUUACCAAGGAACCAUGUGGGAUGACACAGCAGCAAAUAAUAUCAAGUUUAAAUGCAGUGGGGAUGAUGAGGAAAUUAAAGGUGCGGGAAUGUCUUGGGGUGACUGGGGCUCAUGGAGUGACCCCUGUACAGGAACAGGCAUCUGUGGGAUCCAGACAAUUGUAGAGGAACCAAAAGGUGUGGGAGAUGACACAGCGCUGAACGAUGUGCGAUUCUACUGCUGUGAAUAAAUUUAAUUUGUGUGUGCAUGUCUAUGCUUAGAUUCUACAAAUCUGUAGCUGUUCUGAAGGGUUAUACACCAUUAUUCUCUGUAUUUUCUGUAAUUACAGAAAUUGCUACUUUUUUGUUCAUCAGUUUCUUUUGGCUGUUCAUCUGCUAUUUUCUUCAACUCAGUAUGUGAUAUAAUAAAAACA